AUGCUUUCAACACUUUCCCUCCAUCUUCCUCCUCCACCUCUCAACCACACCCAGUCCCCAACUUCACAAAACCUCACACCCCAUCAUCAUCUUCUCCACACCUUCACCUCCCCAUUAAAACAACUCCAUGCCCACCUCAUCAAAACCAACACUCCCCUCUCCACCCUCCCUCCCACCCGAAUCGCCUUUGCUUGCGCUCUCACUCCCAGCUUCUCCUACGCCCAGAAACUCUUCCAACACCUCGACUACCCCGAUAUCCCUACCUGGAAUUCCUGCCUGAAGGCCUUCGCCGAAGGCGACGAGCCCAUUGAUGCAAUGCUGCUCUUCCAUCAGCUGCAUAACCUGCGUUGCUUCAAUGUGAUUCCUGACAGUUUCAGUCUGUCUUUUGUUCUAAAGGCCUGUACCCGCUUGUUGGAUUUUCACACUGGUAGAGUGCUACAUGGCUAUGUGGAGAAGCUUGGGUUUUGGUCCAAUCUGUUUAUGAUGAAUAUGAUUCUGAAUUUGUAUGCAUUGUGUGGGGAAAUUAGGGAUGCACGGCUGAUGUUUGAUAAAAUGCCGCAGAGAGAUGUUGUCACGUGGAAUAUAAUGAUGACUCUGUUGGUGAAGAGAGGUGAUAUAGAGCAAGCUUAUGAUUUGUUUUCGGGGAUGCCGGAUAGAAUUGUGAGGUCAUGGACGCUGAUGAUUUCGGGGUUUGGUCAGUGCGGUAAGCCUAAGGAGGCGAUUCGUGUGUUUUUGGAGAUGGAGGAGGCUGGUGUGAGGGCAAAUGAGGUGACUGUAGUGGCGGUUCUUGCGGCUUGUACUGAUUUGGGUGACUUGGAUUUGGGUAGGAGAGUUCAUGAGUACUCGAGCCAAAGUGGGUUUGGAAGAAAUGUUUGGAUUUGUAACACGCUGAUUGAGAAGUAUGUCAAAUGUGGGUGUUUGGAGGAUGCUUGUAGAGUUUUUGAUGCGAUGGAAGAACGAUCGGUUGUGUCAUGGUCAGCUAUGAUUUCAGGGCUGGCCAUGCAUGGACAAGCUGAGGAAGCUUUGAGACUUUUCUCUAGCAUGAUUCAGAUAGGGAUGGAGCCAAAUUAUGUAACUUUUGUUGGACUCCUGCAUGCUUGUAGCCACAUGGGGUUUGUGGACAAGGGUCGUGAGUUCUUAGCCAGAAUGACUGCAGAUUAUGGUAUAGUUCCGAAAAUUGAGCAUUAG